AUGGAAAAUAUUGGGACAGUUGAUAUAAAGAGAAGCGAUAAUCAAGCUGCUAAUUCAGAUAUUAAAGGAAAGAAUAUCAAGCAAACAAAAAACCAAAUAAAAGCAUUAAGAAAAAAAACUGAUCAUAUCUUAUCGAUUGAGCUUGCACUAAAUGAAGUAAACCAAAAAGCCAAAAACUCUCUCAAAAUUCAAUUUUACGAGGACAAAAAUCCAAUUAUUGAAAAAUUAGAAAAACUUAAAGAAGAAGUAGACAAAGAAUUUAAAAAUACAAGUUCUUCUUAUCAAAAUGAUCCAAUAUUAAUAGAUUUACUGCAAGCAAAUGAGGAAGCUAUAAGUGCUUAUUUGAAAUAUGUUGAAGUGUAUGCUAAUUUUUCUAGUAAACUUAAAGAUUCAAUAGAAGCUCUAAUUUCUGAAUCAUCUUCUCCAUAUAUUUAUCAAGACCCAAAAUUUCUUUAUUCUAUGAGCAGUCAAAUGAAUAAAACUGAACUUGUUGUAUAUGAUAUAGAAAAGUCUCAACAAGAAAAAAUAAACAUUUGUUUAUCUGAGUUUUCAACCAAUGAUGAAGUCAACGUUGUUCAACUCCCCAACAAUGAGCUAUUUUGUAUCGGAAAAAAGAAGAAUCUUGGUUAUGCUUUCAUAAUUGAUUUAAAUUCAUAUGAAAUCAAGCGAAUUUUACCACCUACUUGAUAUAGUAAUAGAUCAGGAAUCUUUUUAUUAUCAACAAAAUGUUUAUAUAUUUUGUGGACUUACACGGAUUAAUUUGAUAACUUCUCAACGUCCAUUUCCUUCACGAAAUGAAAAUCGAAAAUUUGAUUUAAUCAAAAAUAAAGUAUAUUGGGAGUUUAUGACAUCUAUUCCUAUCCAAGCAUGUUUUUAUAUUACGAGUUCAAUUUGAAGAAAAAAGAAUUAAAGGAAAUCCAAAACUUUGAAGGUCCAGUCGUUCAAUUAAGUCAUUAUUAUGAAUACGAUUAA